AUGAACAAAGCUAGUAAUUUUUUGAAUUAUAUGAAAAGUCUUCAAAACAUUCAGAGAAAUAAUUUUAUUAUACAAAAAAAGUUAAGCAUCAUUUUAAGUUCAAGGAAUUAUGCUAAUGAAAAAGAAUUAAAAAAUAAGGAGAUAAAUAGAAAUAAAAAGCAAAAAUUAUGGAUGAAGAAAAUUAAUGUAAAUAAAUUACCACGUAAAAAAUUUGGAAAUAAAUUAGGAACAAUAGCAAAAAAGGAAUAUUUUAAAUAUUUAUUUGAAAAUAGUGAAGAACAUAAAAUUCAUUAUGAUAAACUUGAUAAUUAUGAAAAUUUUUUUAGCUACAAUGUAAUAUCAAAACAAAAAAGUGUGAAUGAAAAAAAUAAUAUAAAAAAUGAUUACAAGGAUAAUGAUAAUAUUACAUUUGUGGAUAAUAAUAAAUUACCAAGUGAAAGUGAACAAAUUCAUAAACAAAUAGAAAGAAAAAAAAAUAUUAGAUUAAAUAUUAAAAAUGAAAUAGUACUUAAUUCUAAUAACAAUAUAAUGAGUAAUGAAUAUUUGAAUGGUUACAAUAAGUCCUUUUGGGAUGAUGCAAGUAACGAACUGAAAUAUCAUUUACCAUUUUUGCAACCAUAUAGCAUAACCACUACUUUAAAUUAUUUGUCUAAAAUAAAUUAUGAUGAAUAUAGCAUUUUCAAACUGAUAGCUAAAAACAUUGAUGAAAGAUGGUUGAAAAAUUUUAAUAUAAAAGAUUUAACAUUAUUGCUUUUAUCUUAUUCAAGGUUGAAUUUAAAAUUUGAUUCAUUUAUAAAUAUAAUAAGUAGGGAAUUGUUAUAUAAAAUAUGCUAUGCAAAUUUUGAAGAUAUAGCUAAUAUAGCAUAUUCAUAUACAAAAAUGAAAAUAUAUGAUUAUGAAGUUUUUCUCCAUUUAAGUAAUGAAACAAAAGAUAAAAUAAAUAAUGAAAUGAGUAAAAUUUCAAAUAAAAAUAAUAAUAAUAAUAAUAAUAAUAAUAACAAUAAUAAUAAUAAUAAUAAUAAUAAUAAUAAUAAUAAUAAUAAUAAUAAUAAUAAUAAUAAUAAUAAUAAUAAUAAUAGUAAUAGCACAAAUAAGCAAGAUUUAUUAAUAGAAAAAAUUAAAAAUGAAAAAUUUGAAGAAUGUAAUAAACUUAAAAUAAAUAGUCAUAAUAUAGUAGAUGUUAAAAAUGAAGUUCCCAAUAUAGAACAUAAAUAUAAUAAAAAUAAAUCUAAUAAUCAACAAGAUAUAGUUAAAAUGAAUACAUUAAAUAAUGGAGAAAAUGAAAACAAAAUUAAUAUAAUAAAAGAAAAUAAGAAAUAUUCUCAUUUAUGCCUUCUAGUUUAUUGCUUUGGUAAAAUUAAGCAUUAUGAUAAUAAUCUUUUUGAUUUAGUUUCAGAAUAUGUAAAAUUUGAAAAACUUAACAAUAUUGAUUUAAGCAAUUUGUCUUAUACGUUUUCUUUAUACAAUUUUUAUAAAAAUUCUUUUUAUGAAAAAUUCAGUGUAAAAAGUUAUGAAAUUAUUAAUUUACUUGAACCACUACAAAAAAUAAUUAUCAUGACGUACCUUUUAAAAUAUCCAAAAGAAAAAAUGUUAAAUAUAUACUUUACAUAUCUAGAAAACAUUAGUAAAGAAAUUAAAGUCAAGAAAAUAUAUAAGGAAAUAUUAUUUUUAAAUGUAUGCAUAAAUAGCUUAUCAAACAACACAUUCAUAAACUUCUUAUUAAAAAUAGUAAAAGUUAUUGGAGGUAUUUGUGAACAAAGAUUAGAAGAAAUAAAUAAGGUAUUUUUUAUUUUUAAUUUUUUAGUUGAUUAUACAGACUUUUUUAUGGAAAAUAAAAAAAAAAUUUCAUCAAGAGAUUAUCCAAAAAUUUUGAAUCUUUUAUAUAAAAUACAUGAUAACAAGGAUAAUUUUACAUCUAUUUGUGAUUCUAAUAAAAUAGAUAUAGAAAAAGUAGAACUUUUAAUAUCAAAAAUUUUAGUUAAAAUAUUAAAUGAAAUAAAAACACUUCACAUUCUUGAUUUAAUUAGUAUUAAAAAUAUUUUAAAUUCAAAAUGUGAAAAAAUUAAUUUUGCACAAAAAAUAAAAACAAUUUUAAAUUCCAUUAGUUUAAUUGUAAAGUGA